AUGGUCGCUCAGUUCAGACAAUCAGCUCAACAGAAAGCCAGCAGCAGCAGCUCAGAGCAACAAGUGUCCAAACCAGGAGAAGUUCCCUGUGACGUCUGCACUGGAACCAAACUGAAGGCCCUGAAGUCCUGCCUGGUGUGUCUGGUCUCCUACUGUGAGAUUCACCUGGAGCCUCAUCUGUCAGCUUCACGUCUGAAAAGACAUCAGCUGAUCGACCCUGUGGAGAACCUGGAAGGCAGGAUGUGUACGGAGCACGAUAAACCUCUGGAGCUACCCAAGACGCAUGAUGUUGUUCCUCUAAUAGAAGAAUAUGAAGAAAUGAAAGCAGAGCUGGGGAAGACAGAGGCUGAAAUUCAGCAGAUGAUCCAGAAGAGACGACUGAAGAUUCUGGAGAUCAAACAGUCAGUGGAGCUCAGUGAUGAAGAUGCAGACAGAGAGAUAGCAGAAGGUGUUCAGGUCUUCACUUCUCUGAGGGAGUCUGUUGAGAGAGGCCUGAAUGAGCUCAUCAACACCAUCAAAGAGAAGCAGAAAACAACAGAAAAACAGGCCGAAGCUUUCAUCACAGAGCUGGAACAGGAAAUCUCUGAGCUGAUGAAGAGAAGCACUGAGGUGGAGCAGCUCUCACGCUCUGAAGACCACCUCCAUCUUCUCCAGAGGGUCCAGUCCCUAAACAUCCAACAACCUCCGCCCACCAAGGACUGGACAGAGGUCAGGGUCCGCCCAUCUUCAUAUGAGGGAACCACCUGGGAAUAUCAGGGAUGGCCCCCAUGA